UUUCAUGGCACAUCUUGAUCGAACGGACUGCUAUAGCUAUGUUACGGGUAGCAGUAGCUUCAGCGAUUUAUUAUUGUAAUCCUUUUGAUUUUCUUACGAGUUCUUUCGUCCGAAUACCCGAGUGUUUUGAGCGUGAUGUCACGGGCGUCCCAGGCUUCCCCGCGUUCAGCAAUCGCGAGCAAGCGGAGCCCUGCAAAACAGCAUUUCGAAGUCCACGAACAGCAAUUGCCAUUGAUCCAGAAUAAUUGAGAUAUUGAAAAUGUCAGCAGCGUGUAUCUUCUGCAAGAUUAUCAAGGGCGAAAUCCCCUCCAUCAAGCUCUUCGAGACCGCUAAGACCUAUGCCUUCGCGGACAUCCAGCCCCUCUCCAAGGGUCACGCUCUCGUGAUCCCCAAGGAGCACGCCGUCAAGUUGCACGAGCUCUCCGACGAAUCCCUCGCGGAUCUUUUGCCAGCCGCAAAGAAGCUUGCUGUUGCUGUUGGUGCUGACGAGUACAACAUCCUUCAGAACAACGGACCUAUGGCCCACCAGGUCGUGAAGCACGUUCACAUUCACAUGAUCCCCAAGCCGAAUGAGGAGGAAGGUUUGAAGGUCGGAUGGCCAGCAACCAACCCUGAGAAGGAUGAGUUGGCCAAGUACUGGGAAUCGAUCAAGCAGAAGCUCUAG